AUGGACCACACAUCCGACGCAGAAGCCGGACAUAUCCUCACGCACCUGUCGUCCGGCUCCUCGUACCCCAGCACCCACCACCAACAACUAACGCCCUCCUCUUCCGCGCAGGGAAUCUCGCCCACCUCGUCCCAGCAACAGCAUCAGCACCAACAAGAUUCCGUUUCGCAUUCUCCGGCUGCAAGUCGGACCCAGAGCUCGGCCGUCAAAAGGUCGAGACAACGACCGACGAAGUCGUGUGAGGAAUGCAGGAGGAAGAAGUUGAAGUGUGAUCGAGAGUUGCCUUGUAGUAAUUGUAAGAAGGGGGGGCGAGAUGGGAGCAUUUGCUAUUUUAAAGAUGCGGCGGGGCUUGAUGUUGGGUCUGCUCCGAAGCGAGCGCGGGUUGAAGAUCUCGGGUUCCAUGAAAGAGUUAGUAGGCCGUACGCGAGCGGUGGAGGAGGGUAUGGGAGUAGAGAAGGGGGUGAUGUCGAUAGAGGGUACUAUCCUAAUGUACCGCAGCUAGCGAGGGUCGAUUCGAUUGGACCUAGACGAGGGAGCCAAGCUUAUGGGAUGAGCGAUGUUGAUGUUCUGCGUCAGACGAAGCAGGCACCGCAGAGUGAGAACCGUGCUCGGAUGUCGAACGGGGAGACAGACAGGUGUCCGAAUAUGCCUGCACUGGCAAGAGAGAAUAAUAUGGGGUUUGGGAGGGGGAUGUUUGUGUAUGGGAUGAGUGAUGUCUCGGCGGAAGCGGCGCAGGAACGGGGAGAUCAACUGCCGACUCCGGUGUCGAGUACGGGGUUGGGACAGGUAGCGAGUGUGGGGGCGUUGGGGAGGGUGCAUGUUAAGGGGUCGAGGUCGAGGUAUGUUGGGAUUGGGGACCGGAUGGCUAUGCUGGAUCACUUUGACAACUCUAAAUGUUUCAUCCUGAGAAGCUUCAAAGAUCCUGAGAUGUGUGGUGUGAUUCAAGAGCUGGCUGCGUAUCAGAAUGCGUUCCAGCCUAAGAACAAACUUCGGCACGUCAUUCCGCAGGAUCGAGACGAGCUUAUGGUAGAGAUGAUGAAGGCUUUGCCUUCUAGCUUCCUGUUUGGGAUCCUACAAGCUAGGUAUAUCCAGAACUGGGAAACAAUAUGGAGAGUCCUUCACAUCGGGACAUUCAUGAAAGAAUGCGAUCAAGCGUCUGCAGUAAUCGAGUCAGGAACCUUGACGCUGCCACCACACAUCCACGACCGGGUCAUCCCUCAAAUCCUGGCCAUAAUCUCAACAGCAUCCCGGCUCAACGACCCAAACGAACGCGGCUCGGCAACGGAACGAAUAUCCGACGACCAGAUCACCAAGAACCUCGAGAUGGUAGAAGCCUGGCUCGACAGCCAGCACGGCAAAGCACUUGUCAACUUCCCCACCCUGCAAACACGCACUCUCCUCCUCCUAGCCCGGCAAGCAAACCUUGCUACCCCAUCAGAACUAUGGGUUGAAUCUGGGAUCUUGGUCAGAAACGCCAUGGUGAUGGGCCUGCAUCAAGAUCCCGAGCCUUGGGAAUUCUCUAAGUUUGAUAAAGAAGCCCGAAGGAAACUAUGGCUUACGAUCGUUGAACUCGAUCUGCAGUUCUCUCUAGCGGCAGGGAUGCCGUCUGCUGUUAAUUCAAAGAUGUUCAACACCAGAGAAUUAUUGAAUGUCGAUGAUCAAGACUUGACUCCUGAGAUGACUGAGUAUCCGGCAAGCAAAUUAGUUACAAGCUACACAGACGCCUUACCUCAACUAGCGCUCUCCGCUUGUCUUGCUUUGCGGUUACAGAUUACGAAUUUACUCGGUUCAAAUCUCAACCUCGCAACCUCAGCCCCGCACCUCCUCCGUCUGGCUUCCGAACUCGAAAAACACCUCCAAUCGCUACCUCCCCCGUUCCGCUCCUCUACCCGCUCCGGUUCAAGCUCAAACAAACGUCUCCACCGCCUCUUCACAUCAAUUCAACUCGAAUUAUCUAUCCGUCGGCCACUCCUCGCUCUAUACCGUGCGAUCUCGAUGUCUGAAAUCGGAGAGCGCUUUCCAGAAGCAAGGAAAGGAGCCGUGAAAAACGGGUUAGCGGUACUGGGCAACCUCGAUGCGCUGGAUCCAGCGGUCGCGGAUCUGAGUGCUGUGAAAGGGAAGGAGUAUCUUAACCUCUUCCACAUACUUCAUCGAAACAGCGUCCUCCAGUCAGCUUUAAUUUUAUGUUAUGAAAUCAAACUCUACAACUCGCGCUCCUCUACUUCAUCCUCGUCCUCAGCCGAGUAUGCACAUGAGAGGGAAGGAGAAAGGGAAGGAGAAAUAGAUGUGGACUGGGUCCAGAGCCGAGUUUCCUUUACAAGGGUAGUAGAGAAUACGGUCAAGAGCUUGUUAGACAGGAUCGGUGGGUUUGGCUGUGAUUUGAAGGACAUUCUGCCGCUUUGUGUGGCGCUUUGUAGUGUUAGGUGUGAUGGUGAUGCUGAGGAGAGGAAGAAGUUGAUGAAGAGGGGCGCGGAGAGGGUGAGGGAUGCGUGUCGAAUUGUUAGGCCGGAUGUGCUUAUCAAGUUCAGGACGGAGCUGAAUGAAGGUGGAGGUCGGGGGGUGUGUGGUGGCAGGGAGAGUGAAAUGCUUGAGAGGGCAGGUAAUUCCGGACGAAAAGGGACCGGGGAUGGUGAUCCUUUCCCAUCUGAUUUUGAGAUGGGGUUUGAAGGGGUUGAUAUGAUUCCAGACCUCGGGUUCGAGAAUAUGGACUUCGGCUUCUUCGACUGGGGCACGAACCAAUCCUGA